AUGAUGUACGUACGUGGAAAUAAAGCGGAUUUCGAUGGAUGGGGUCUCAAUGGUUGGAGUUGGGAUGAUGUUUUGCCGUAUUUUAUGAAAGCCGAACGAAAUACCUUAGAUCCUGCAAGAGGAAAGUUUGAUCCUAAUGUUCAUGGCAUGGAGGGAAAAAUGAAUACAGACUUUGCGCUUUAUCGCACAAAACUUAUGGAAGAUAUUUAUGAAGCAGGCAAAUUUAAAAAGUAUGCAUGGGAUUUCGAUUAUAACAAUGGAAGUCAAUUAGGAGUGCAUUUUUUGCAAAUCAAUACUUACAAUGGAAGUCGAGAAGACACAGGAACGAGAUACAUUCAAGAUGUGUUACCACGAUCCAAUUUAUAUUUGAGUGUAAAUACGCACGUGACGAAGAUAUUAUUUAACGGAAACAAAGCGACAGGAGUUUUGUAUAGCUUGUUGGGACUUACCUUCAAAGUGACCGCUACGAAAGAAGUAAUUUUAAGUGCUGGUUCAUUCAACUCCCCGCAACUUUUGAUCUUGAGUGGCGUUGGACCGCAAGAAACCUUAACUAAAUUUAACAUUCCUUUGGUAAAAUAUUUGCCAGUAGGUCAAAACUUGCAAGAUCAUCAUUACUUAAUUGCACCUACGUACAUUUUGAACACUACCGGGAAUUCCUUCUCUCUCAGAAAUGUCACUUUGUUCAACAUUUUAUUGCAACUUUUCAAUCAGCCAAAUCCCCUGCAUGUUCCUCACAACAUUGAAGGCUUAAUUUUCGACAAAAUGGCUGAUUCUCCAUUACCUGCUGGUGUUCCAGAUGUUGAAUUUAUGAUUUUAACUGGAGAUAUUACCAAAGCUGGUAGUUUUGUGCGAGAUGCUUUAUGCUUUGAUCGAAAAUUUUACGACAAAGCCUUUGCGGGAUUAAAGGACACGGAAAAUGAUACAAUAAAUUUCAAUCCAGUAUUACUCCAUCCCAAAAUAAGAGGAAAUGUAACAAUUCGCGACAAAAAUUCCUUCUCGAAACCCAUCAUACGUAAUUUCAUGCUCAAAGACCCCUGCGACAGGAAAGCUAUGCUUUUCGGUAUUAGAAGGACACAAAGAGUUAUUGAGUCUGCAGCCUUUGCAAAAUACAAUCCACAAAUUUAUCGAUUUGAUAUCCCGGAAUGUAAUGUUUUUGUGUUUGAUUGUGACGAAUAUUGGUAUUGCAUUAUGGAUUACUUGACGACAACAUUGUAUCACGAUUCGGGAACGUGUCGCAUGGGCACCGAAAAUGACGAAAGGACGGUCGUUACACCAGAUUUGAAGGUUAAAGGAAUUCAAAAGUUGAGAGUUGUUGAUGCUUCGGUCAUUCCGGAAAUUAUUUCAGGACAUACGGGAUCGCCAACUAUGAUGAUCGCUGAAAAAGCAGCUGAUCUCAUCAAGUCGGAGCAUGGAAUAUAA